UACCCGGCUAGCUAGCACAGCUAACAGCAAGAGACAUGCAUCAAAUAUAAGGCUUGUGACAGCAAAUUGGCUGUAUUUAAAAAUGACUUCAUCAUAGCAUUAAAAAACGGGGCCCAGGGCCUCUUUGCACCAGGUAAAAAUCUACACGUUGGCUUAAAACGGCAUAUCGGCAUGGCUAACAAUAGCUAGCAUAUCUGUUCAUUGUAACGUUAACGUUACUUGCAAGGACGGGCUUGAUAUAUUUGUUAUCUUGCACCUUCUGUGGACAUGCUUGUUUUGUCUAUUAUAGGCUACUGUUUCGGAAGUAACCAGUCAGUGGUGUCAGACAUAUCUUUGGGGCAUUGUAAGGAGCACCUUGUAUUUUAAGAAGUGAAGUUGGCGUAUGACACUGGUGUUACCUGCUGGUUGACGUUAAGCUAGCUAGCCACAUCUUGCUUGUGAACUUGGAUUCCUCGGGCAGGGCGAGUAGUGACAUGUUGUCUUAAAGACAGUGAUUGGCAUACUGAUUUCCGCAUCUACAGUAUGAGUUGAUGAACUUGUUUUUUCCCAGUCAUUCCUCGAGUCAGCUGCAAUUCCAUUUUCGCCAAAAUGCCUCAAAAACUACAGAAAACUACCCACUAUAUAGAACUGGGGAGCUACCAGUAUUGGCCAGUGCUUAUCCCAAGGGGGAUUCGCCUGUACACAUAUGAACAAAUACCGAUGUUUUUGAAGGAGAAUCCGUACAUCACAGAUGGAUACAGAGCACACCUGCCGUCGAAGCUUUGCUUAAGGAGUAUAUUCAUGCUCUCCAAUGAGACGGUAAACAUCUGGAGUCACCUGCUGGGGUUCCUCUUGUUUUUCUUACUGGGGGUGAAUGAUGUGUCCACGGUGCUACCUGCCUCAGGAGCCUCCAGGGAAGACUAUGUCAUCUACGCAAUAGGGCUCUUCUGCUUUCAGGUGUGCAUGCUGUGUUCAGUGGGCUACCACCUGUUCUGCUGUCAUCGCUCUGAGAAGACCUGUCGCCGCUGGCUGGCAUUGGACUAUGCGGGCAUCUCCAUUGGCAUUUUAGGCUGCUAUGUACCCGGGGUGUUUUAUGCCUUCUACUGCAACAGCUUCUGGCGUCAGGUGUACCUGGUGGUGGUGCUGGCUCUGAUCCUGGCCGUGUUCAGCGCUCAGGUGCACCCGCUCUACCUCAGCCAGGAGUGGAAGCUGCUGCGCUCGGCGCUCUUCUGCUCCGUGGCCGCUUUCGGCGUGCUGCCCGCCUUCCACUGGGUGUGGCUCAACGGUGGCUUUGGCACCGAGGCCGUACAGGCGUUUUUCCCCCGGGUGAUGAUCAUGUACCUGAUUGCUGCAUCUGCAUUCAUGUUCUACAUCACCAAAAUCCCAGAACGCUAUUUCCCAGGUCAUGUGAACUACCUAGGGGCCAGUCACCAAGUCUGGCACAUCCUGGUUGUGCUUAUGUUCUACUGGUGGCACCAGACUGCCAUCUACAUCAUGACCUACCGCCACAGGACCCAGUGCCCAGUAUACACAUCCGGUGGGUAGGACACAAGGAUCCAGUACGUUUCUCCAAGGGCAUGGGUACACACGUACACGGUCCUGCAUUUGAUUAAACCUUGACGCCAGUCCAACAAAUCAUAAUCACCGACAGUGUUCUUAUGACUAAGAAUUUGAGAACUGUUUGUUGUUGUGUCUUGAAACGAAAGAAACACGUAUUCUUCUAUGUAAGCCUGGUAUCAAGAGAGCUGGAUGAACAAUCAUACAUGGGGCGAUCGCUGCGGGGCUGUGCUGCACCGAACACUGCAGCACAGUAUGGGGCCUGAACACCAGCAUUCAAACUGCUGCCUAGACUAGAGCAAAGAGAACAAAUACACACAAAUACACACACACACACACACACACACACACACAGCCUGACCAAGCACAUAUCUGCUCUAUGCUAACUAUAACGGGAGAUAUGAAAGCUGCAUGGAAAACUCCAGCUUCAAAAAGUAAAUGUCCAAUCAUGUAUUGGUUCUACAUCUGCACUUAAGACAGGUGAUCUCAUCAAUUAGCUGCUCUAGCUGGCUGAAGAGUUGUGCUAAUUAGAAUCAGCUGGUUUAAGUGAGUGGUUGGCACAGAUAUGUGGUGGGACUUUCACUCUCUGAAGAUGGACUUUUCCACCUCUGCUGCAUGGUAGUAUAUUAUUGCACUGGUAGCCAGAAAACGUGUAGACUUAUUCAAAUAUCAGUUUCUUUUCCUGUUCCUUUUUUUAUGUGUGCAUGUACUGCCUGAAUUAUCUCUUAUUUGCCUUGGAAACAUGAAGAACCUUGCAAUAUCCAAUGCAUCUUCUCAAAUGCACAUACAUGUACUGUUCUGCCCUCCUGUCUGAAUAAUUUUUUUGUUUUCUCUGAGAAUGUUAUUUGUUAUUUUAUGACACACCCUUUUCUCCCCUAUCACUGAUACUCUGAGCCUUUCUGUUAUUGAUGGAAUGCAAUUUAAGGUACUGUAUUUUAUUUCUGGUAUUUUAUUCCUCUUCUGUGAUAGUGUUUGAUUAAAUGUAUACGCACAUUAUUGCCAUAUGUAUCGCAGGUGAAUGGAGCCGCUGGAUCAUUGUUACAAGUCAUAUCAUAUAAGACUAAAUGCACAAGGGAAAAGCAGUGGGGAAACUGAACAUGUAUGCUAUUGAAUCUCUGCUUCCCCACUUGCUGAAGGUUUAUCUUGGGUAGGGCCAGUACCACUUCUGUUGUACUGGUUUGACAAUGAAUGAGAUCAUGGCAGUCACUGUAGUUGCUGCAACGUGAUCGGUUUUUGUUCUCACUUUUUUUUUCUGAUGUCCUUUUUUUAACUUGACAAUAAUAACUUCUGUCUCUGCCUGUGUUCUCUUUGCCUUUUCAGUUUGUUUGGUUUGAUGUCUGUAAUAUACGUUUGGAAUGAUCUGAGUAUCUGUGAAUGAAGACAAUAAAUAAAGGGCAUUUGUUUCAA